AAGUGCUGGGAUUACAUGUAUGAGCCACCAUGACUGGCAUAGGCAUUUUUAUUUAAAGAGACUUUUUGGGUAGAAAUGCUUUUCUCUGUUACAGUUAUAAAUGACUAAAAAUACUAGCCAGGCCAAAAUGGCAACCAGAGGCCUACUGCAAAGCUUCAAAAGGCUUGAUGCUCUCUUAAUAGACGAAUGUUCAGUGUUUUAAAUGUUUUUUUUAAUAUGUUGACAUUGAAAUUUCAUUUCGUGUAGAUGUCGGGAUUAUGUCUCAUUCAUUUAUUUAUUCAUCAUUCACUUAGUAAGUAUUUAAGUGCCUAUUUUUACCAGAUGCUCAGGUUCUGGGGAUAUAAAGAUAAGCAGACAUAGGCCCUCUGCCCUAAAGUUAGUGGGAGAAACAGAUAGUAAACCAAAGAUUUUAAUACUGUGAGAUUAACUGACUUAGUUGUAGUAUAUAGAAAGAGACACAGGGCCUGCAGCAAGAGCCUGGGUGAAGACUCAGUGAAGCACUACCUACUGAAAGGAGAAUCUUUAUUUCCACCAUGUAAAAAAGACAUUGCCAGGGAACAUCAAGUAAACAGACAAAUGCUCAGAUAAGCUUUUAGAUCAUAUGAGAUUGAAAUAAUUUGAUUCAGUAAAUCCGGGAAACUUUUGUUUUCAAAUGAAGUAAGGAAGCAACUAGGUAGAAAUUAUAAAUCCUAUUUUGAAUUGCCUUUUGCUUAUACUUAAUGUAGUUUAAGCCAUCAGUGUAUUAUACCUUUCUGCUGUCUACUCAAAUUGCUGUCUACUCAACAGCAAUUUUCUGUUUGCCUGCUAUUUGGGUCAGUCAUGGAUGGUCCCAUGUUAUGAGAAACAUGUAAAGGUGAGAUAGAUUCAGCUCCUUUUCUUGAGAAGAUUAUUCCAUAUAAGGAACUAAUUUGCUGAAUGGGCCCACAGUUAGCCUGAAUAAAAUCUCUAAAUCAUGGUCUACACAGCAGUUAUAAGGAACUCUGGCUUCUCAAGUGUCAAUGAAGGCCAGCUGGGGUACCUGGAUUCCCAUCUCCAUCUGGCCAUAAUGUUAAGGUAACCUCAUUCACCAUGUUAGACUGGUGUUGGAGAAAGCCAGCCAAAACAGAAAGCUUAAGUAAGGUUCAGAAUCUCAUAAACUGAAAAUAUUCAGACUUCAAUAAAAGAUAAUCACACCAGGAACCAGGAAGAUCUUGAGUUGAAUGAAAAAGACAAUCAAUAGAGACCAACACUGAGAUGACAAAGAUGUUGGAAUAAGCCCACAAAGACUUUUAAAGUUGCUAUGAGAAAAAUGCUUCAGUGAGCAAAUAUGAAUACACUUGAAACAAAUGAAAAAUUAACCCUGAGCAAACAGGAGAUAUAAAGAAGAACCAAACGAAAAUUGUAGAAUUGAAAAUUACAAUAACCAAAAUAAGAAGCUCAGCAGAUAAGCUCAACAGUAGAAUGGAGAAGAUGGAGGAAAUAAUCCAUGAGCUGGAAGAUAGAAUGAUAGAAAUGACCCAAUCUGAAAAAAAUGAGAAAACAGACUGAGGGCAGGAGGAGGGGGAGAAGAACAGAGGCCUACGGGCUAUAAUAAUAUUCAUGUAAUCAGAAUCCCAGAAGGACGAGAGAAACAGGCAGGACUAAAAAAAAAAAAAAACCUGAAAAAACAUUGGCUGAAAACAGAGUAAUCCUUGUAGUGGUGUUAAUAUCCUGUAUCUUGAUGGCACCAAUGUCAAAUCUUGGUUGUGAUAAUGUACCUUAAACUAUUAACAAUAAUUCCUAGAUCUCACUAAAUACGUAGUGUUUCGUGUUUUCCUGAUUAGACCACGUGGUGUGAAGUCGGUUUCUUCACCUCAGAAUCCAAACCAGGUCCACCUGUGGCACCUUCGCCCUUCGGUGGGAGCGUGUAAGACGCUAGACGCGUAGCUAAAAACCAUUCCUCUCUUACGUUGUCGCCCUCAAUCUUACAGGUAAAUGGCAAAUUCUCUUUGCUAUUAAUGUACAUGCCUCGAUGAAAGUCCAGAAUGACGGCGGGGGCCUUGGCGGUUGAAGGCCCGUCGGCCCGCCGGGGCCGCGAGGGGAGGGCGAGGGCCAGGUUCUAGGCUUCAUCACCGCGUUUCCGUUUGCUGUGAAAUCAAAUGGCGCCUUCCCUUUCCCCGGACGUCCGCGUCGCGGUCCAGCUGGCUUUGGGGUCGCAACCCGGGGCCUGUGUGGCGCAUGCGCCCCCGAUAAGCGGGCCCAAGGGCUCCUUCAUUCGCAGCAGCACCAGGACGCGGCCGCUGGGGAGCCACACCCAGACGGAGCCGCGGGGCCUGCGACUACCCCCGGAGCUGGCCUGAGGGAUUCUUCUGUCCAUGGCUGCCACCAAAACUUCGAGUUAUGAUCAACAUUUCAGGCCAGAAAAAUUAAGAGAAUGGCCAGAGCCUGAGUCCGUUUCUUUAAUGGAGGUAUUAGCUAGAGAAGACAUUGAUGAAGCAGUACAUGCAAUAUUAUUUAGAGAAAAUUCUGUUGUGAAGAGAUUGGAUACAUAUUUUCAGAAUCUGGAUACUUCUAAGGAAAGAAGAAAAGAGAUGUUACAUAAAAAAUGGGUUGAAAAUGUUGCAGAGCCUCUUCAGCAGAGAACUAUGGAAAAAGUAAUUUCAUAUAAAGGGCUGGAGAAAAUGAAACAAGAGAAUGUUGAAUAUUAUUUGCAGCACAGUCAUAAAAUGGUUACAGUCCCACCAUUUUUUGAUCCUGUGUUUCAAAGACAGCAAGACAUGGAUGAAGAGAAGAGAACUGGUCUAUGGUGUGAGACAGGAAAAGACCAUUCCAUAAAAGAACUUAAAGAAAUAGAGAAGUCCAGGCCGCCUGCCAGCCCGCUCCGCUUCACUUUCGCUUUACACAGUGUAAUUCUGAAGGAGCGGCAGAAAGCCUCUGCAACAGUCAGGAGUAAAACUUGCGGUAAAUGCAGUCCUGAAAAGCUGAUCUGUGCAGAAAAGAAACACAAAAGAAAAGAGAAAAAGACAACCGACCUAAGUCAGGCUGAGUUUGAAAAGCAGUUCCUUUCCUCAGAGCUCAGCCAGAAGAACAAAGUGGGUGACAGGAAGGGUCUGGUUUUAGGAACCAGACAGCAGAGACCCCACUCCUGGGCUGCUGGGGACAGCCAACAACACAGGGGUCCCCAGCCUAUGGGAAGAAGAGUGAUGACAGCUGAGGUCCUGGGGCAGCACCUGGCCUCCCUGCAGAAGGCAGCCGGGCUGGGCCACCCUUGGUACUGAAACUAAGUGGACUUGACUUGGCAGUGUCUGUACCACAGUUGAAAUACUCUAAACACACUUUCUCGAGAAGUGGAAAUAAAUUGCAAGGAAUAUCCGAAUCA